AUUUAAAGACAAUAACUAAAACAUAAACAUAAUGAAUUUAUUAAUUGGAGAAGAAUGUGGGAGUAAAAAUUGUUAAAUAUAAGAGAACUAAUAAAAUGAACAAAGUGAUAUAAUGUAGAUUAGGUUUUGGGAACAAAUUGCUCAAGGGUAUUAACAAAGAAAUAUAAUAAUUGCAACAAUAAUUAUGGGAAAAUAACUUAAAUAAAGUUUUUCAUAAAAGCAAUGGAGUUCCUAAAAAUUUUAUGGAUAAAAUUAAACGAAUGAAAAUGGGCAAAUCCAAUAAGAAGUGUAGCAUAUGUUGCAAUGAGUUCCAGAAAGGAAUAGAUUUUUUAGCUCCCUUGUAAACAUAUAUUUCACGAAAAUUGUUGUAAAUCUUGGCUAUCAAAUAGCCGUAAGUGUCCAAAUUGUAGAUCAGAUAUAGUAGAACUGAUAAAGAAGGAAGCAUAAUGAGAUAACCAUCACAAAUUCAUGGUAUAAAAAAUAUUUAUUUAUUUUCAUAAUUAUAUAAUAUUACAUUAUCAAAGAUGAGUUAUAUGGAAAUAUUAUCAAUGCAAAAGAGUUUUCUUGAUAAAAAUGGAAUCAGUUUAGAUGAUUAUAGAAAUACAUUUAUUCGUAAAACAUACACUCUCCUGCUCUUAGAAUACAUUUGUUUUUGCGGUGUUUCACUUUUAGGAAAAUAUAUAUAUUAAUAUGAAAAAUAAUGGAUCUUUUGGGGCCUAAUCAUAAUUUGCUAACUAUGUCAUUUUUAUUUUGAAUACAGUGCUUCUCUGGCUGAAAAUUAAAAUAAAAAAAUUUGGAAUACAUUAGCAAGUGUAAUUUACUUAAUUUGUGGGAGUUUUGCAUUUCUUUUUAUUUGGACUCUUUUAGGAGUGAAUUUCGAAGACUAAUUAUGGAGAAUUUAUUUGUAAAUUGGAGGUGUAAUCUUAUUACUUAAUUUUUAUUCAAAUAUGACAAACACUCAUUUUUAAGGAGAAGAAUGCUGGUUGAUUGUAUUAAUUACUCCAAUUUCAAUUGAGUUCAUAUUGAAUAUAUUUGUAGGAAUAUAUUCACCAUUAUUUUAAACAUUUGUGACUAUGAUUAUUACAUGGUUGAGUUCAUAAAUGUUAUAAAUCACUCAAAAAUACAAAUUCUAAAAAGAAUUCGCUUUCGAUGAUAUUUAAGUGUUAUGCUGCAUGUUAUUAGGAGUUUAAUUUCAACUAUUAGUAGGCUUAACCAAAUCAAUAAUAAAAAAUCAAAAUGGUUAGAAUGAUUUAAGCAUUGGGAGUUAUGAGAUUAAGUUAAAAUAUCUUAAACAGAUAUCAUCUUUUUUUUCCAUUAUUAUCCUAAUUUUGCAAAUUUCAUUAAUGUUUGGAUGUGGAUAUUAACCUUAAUGCUUUUCUCAUUUUUUAAUUAAACCCAAAGGAGAAGAUUAUUCAUUUUCUGCUUUAUUUUGGGUGAGCUUAGCUUUUUCUCUUAUUUUAUAUCCAUUGAUUUUGAUAUUUCAUCGAAGAAUUAAUUAUAUAAUUAAAUGGGUUUUAGUAAUAAUAGAAAUCUUUUUCUAUUCGUUAAUCCUUAUUGGCAUUACAAGUUUUAUGGUAAUGCAAUAAGAUAAUACUACUGAUGAUUAAAGCUAAACUUAAUUAAAGGAAUAUUUAUUAUGCAUAGCUCUAAGUAUGUUCACAGGAAUUGGUAUCGGAUUUGAAGCAUACUCGUUUAUCAAAAAGGAAAAUAUUGAAAAUAAGAAGGCAUUUUUUUUCAUGAUGAUUUGCCCAAUUAUUAUAUUUAUAAGUUAGAUUUAAUUUGCUAUUAUGCAAUUCUAAGCUAUAGUUAUAACCUAUUUAAUCGGAAUAUCAUGUGUUUUUGUUGCAUACGCUAUAGUAGUGUUAUUAGAAUUAAAUUGGUAAUUACAUAAAGACAGCAUAGACAUAAAUGCAAAGGAAUACUAAUUGGGAGCUAUGCUUAUAUAUUAACCAAUUUAGACAAUAAUUGCAAGAAUAUGUACAUUAUUUAUAUGA